GUCAGUCAGCUGUCUGUUUGAAUGUGUGAAUCUGCCUUCGUCAGUUAGUUAUGUUUCGAGAGUGCUUAAUGUUGUGAUAUUUUAAUUCGUUUGAAGUUACACUGUUAAAAAUUAUUGUAUGUUAGUUUAGUUCUUAUUUUAAUUCGUCAGUUUUGGGAUCUGUGUGGAUGCUAUUCCGUAAAUAUCUGGUAACUCAGAAUAGAAAUGCCAGUUCAUUUCUGAAAGUUUAAUUUACGUUGCGCCAAGAGCGCUUUAUUAAGAAACAUCGGAAAUUAAGAUCCGUAUAUCCGAGCCUGUUGCAAAAAUGAUCUGAGAUGUAAGAAGAUAGUGCAAGACUCUUUCAUGGUUCAUGUUAUAUGAGAAUUUGCAGUGUUUGACAACAAAAUGUGCUUGGCACGAACGCAAUGAGAAUGCCGAAUGUGGGAGAAACAUCCGAAGUUACAAGCCCGAAUCCGGGUGUUUUGUACUACGGCGUAUAUGUUCCGAAUGAUACAAAUCUCGGAGAGGACAAUGAUAAGGUUCAUGUCUACACUGAUAAAAGUGAAGCACUGAAACUUGUUAAAAAAUAUAAGAAAGCAAGAUUCAAGGCAUUCAGACUGAAAGAAGAAGCAGAAGAGUUUGCGGAACAUGGUUCAGAAUCAUGUGGGACGACAGCCUCAACGCCAGAAAGAAGUGGACCAGUUGCUGAAAAGCCAAGCCCGUUCAAAGCGCCGAAACCGCAGGAUCUUGUCCAGCUGAGAAAAGCAAUCGAGACGGGAGCGACAGAUAUAGUUAAGAAAAUUGUACUGGAAAAUCCUCGUUACCUAAUAAGCAUAGGAGACACCCCUGCGAUUCUGCAGGAAGGCUCACGUUACAAUGCUUUACAUAUCGCAGCCAAAGCUCGACGUGACGAUAUUUGUGAGUUCAUUCUGGAUACUGUUGGAGAUCCUGCAUUCAUUUCAAGGCUUUAUGGUGAUGAUGAUAUGAUCAAUUGUCAAUCGAGAGCUAAUAUUUUAUUAGACCUCUAUCUUAACAUGCCAGACAAAGGACUAAAUGAGACACCACUACAUUUUGCUUCGAAGUUUGGAGCUACUGCUGUUGUUGCUAAACUUGUGUCGUAUAGUGAAUGUGAUAAACAUCCAAAGAAUAAAUUUUCUCAAACACCCAAAGAUAUGAUAUGCAGCAGGGCCCCAUCUUCAAAUGCAACGGAUGUCAAGACUAUAAGAAAUCUUUUGGAGGAACAGUUCUAUGUCCCAGUGUUGCGGUCUGAAGAUAACUCGCUGCCACCCACUGUUGGGGAGCCUUUCAGCCCAUCUCGGCCUCCAGCUCUUGUACAACAUGUAGUCAAUCCAACUGUUGAUAUACAUGCCUAUGCUGGACCGAUGCCUCAGGAAGAAGCAAAAAUUUUUCGUAAGAAGUGGAAGACACCACCUCGAUCUGUGUCCAGUUCUGCAGGAACACCAACAAAAAAUGAAUCACCUUUGGCUUUGUCCACAACAGUAAGAUUAAUGGACACCGAAAAAGGGUUAGAACGAAUUGGCAGGUGACGAUAACUUUGAGAAGCAUUGUGAACAUAAAGAACUUGCUGGUGGAGGCAGUGGUGAUGUUGACAAUGACGGGAAUCCCAGUGAUGACGAUAAGUUCUUCACUCCUCCGGGUUCUCCUCAUGAUUCCAUUGAAGAAUUUGCUGAUGUUUCAGAUGGUGAAAAUGUAUUUAUAGAGGGUAACACUCCUGGAAAAGUGGAUUUGGAUGUCCUUCAUGCUCUGGCAGGAGUUGAUAUAUUACAACAGAAGUAUCCUAAUAUUUACAGGUGGCGACAUGCUAUCCUACUUCAUCCAGAAAAAGAGAGGGAACUGUGGGCCAGUCCUGCAUUCACACGGCACCUAAAGAAGCUGCAGACUCCGGGUACUCUGACGCCAACCCAUAGACAUGAAGAUGGAUUCUUAUCUUCUCCAGAUGCAUGGCAUAGAAGACUGGUGCGCUGUACACAUGCUCCCAGAGCAGUUGACUUCAGCAAUGUAACAUAGUGGGUGGAACUGUAGUAACUCCUUUAUCAUCCUCCAAGAAUGUUGUGCCUCGUUUUAAAAAUAUUAUAUCUUCUGUAUAUAUUUCUCAAAAUUAUUUUUAAUGUACAUAAUAACUUCAAACUGUGAUGUACUUCUAAUGUGCUUCCCUAAGCAUUUUAAAAGAUCCCUUGACUCUACAGAUAUUUUUAUAAUUUUAUAGAGAAAAAGUAUCUGUGUAUAUUCAAAAGUUGACUGUAACAUUAAAAUUUUACAUAAAUUCAGAAAACCGUAUAA